AUGGGCAAGCGAGAGAAGCACAACUCCACUUCGCUGGUAUUCCCUCCGUCCGUUUUUAUCGGCCCGGUCUCCGCAGCCUCAUCCAUCCAAUUGCUGGAGACAAACUCAAUAUCGCAUGUCUUAAGCAUUGGCGCUAGCCCAUCAAGUAAGGUCCCAGGAGUUGUUUACGACCGCGUAAGCAUCACCGACUCUCCGUCUUCGUCAAUAGUCAAGAUUUGUGACACCGCUUGCGACAUCAUUGAGACGUCGCUGCAGUCAAACAAUGGCUCGGGAAGGAUCCUCGUACACUGCUCGGCCGGCAUAUCACGCUCUCCAGCGGUUGUUGCGGCAUACCUAAUGAAGCAUCAUGAUAUGUCAUUGAGGGCGGCUCUGGGUAGGAUUGUUCGCGCUCGUCCACAAGCAUCGCCCAAUCCGGGAUUUUUACGAGAAUUGAAAGACCUCGAGCUUCAGUUACGUGGAGCGCUAUCAUUGGACGUAGACGAGCUACCCAAGCGAGAAAAGGAAAGAUUGGCUCUUUUCCCCGUAGAAGAGUCUGGAGCCGGAUAG